ACAGAAAAGUGGUGCUGUGCUUUUUGAGAAAAUAGUGAAAAGAGUAUUAAUAAAAAUUUAAAAGUUUAUGGCUUUGCACAAUUGUUAAAGAAGUUUCCCAUAAAAUUGCAUACCUUUAAAUUAAGACACGAUUAAAAACUUUGUUAAAAAUGGAGAAAUUACAUGACUACCAGGGAAUAUCUGGUCGUUUACAUAGUUGGCGCGAGUCGAUUAAAGAACGAAUUUCAAAUUACAAAGAAAGUGAUUCAACUAACAUAUUAGAAACUUUUAAAAAUACUGCAAGUAGCCACUUAAAAGGAAACAUAAGUGCAUCACAAGAUUUUUCACAUAUAUACAGACAUAAAACACGAUUGGAAUUCAUAAGGAUUUCGGCAGCGGUUAUGGGAAUUGAAUUUUCAUAUGCUGCUGAAACUGCUUUUGUUUCGCCUACUUUGUUGAAAAUUGGCAUAGACCAUCAGCACAUGACAUUGGUAUGGGCACUGUCACCUCUAAUUGGAUUCUUUGCGUGCCCUUUCUUAGGAUCAUUGAGCGAUCGUUGCAAACUAAAUUUGGGUAGAAGACGGCCUUUCAUAAUUUUAUUAUCAAUUGGUGUUAUUUUCGGUUUACUAUUAAUACCUAAUGGAGAAGACUUAGGGUAUUGGUUCGGUGACUACAAUCCAGAUUCUCACACUGUAUCAAAUAUAACAAACAAAAGUAUUGCAAUAAAUUCUGGAAUAACCACAUCGGAAAGUGAAUUACGAAUUAUACCGCAUAAUAGUCAUCCAUGGGGAAUAUUCUUCACAGUUUUAGGUACAGUUCUUCUCGACUUCGAUGCGGAUGCUUGUCAGAGCCCAGCCCGUGCAUAUUUAUUGGAUAUAUGUGUUCCAGAAGAUCACGUUAGAGGUCUAUCUACAUUCACGAUCAUGGCAGGAUUAGGCGGCUUUAUGGGAUAUUCAAUGGGAGGCAUCGACUGGGAUACAACAGCGAUUGGUAAAAAACUAGGGGGUCAUAUAAAAACGGUUUUUACUUUGGUUACCUUCAUAUUCACUUUGUGCGUAACUUUGACAAUUACCAGCUUCAAAGAAAUUCCUUUGUGGAUACUGGCAGAAACACAGCAUAAUAAAAAUAAAGGCGAAGCUUUAAUUGAUGCACAUAUGGGAACAGCAAAUGACUUCGAACAGAUGACGGAUGACAAUGAAAAGGUAUAUUCAUUGGAUAUUGACAAACCUGCCAAUUGCCAAAUAACACCGAAUGAAACCAAUCAGGGCAGUGAAUGUGAUGAAGAUAUAAUGGCUGAAGCAAAUACAGCACAAACAAAUAAUACGGCUGAACCACCAUUGGAUCCUGAAAAUGCAUUUAAUUUGCCCAGUGAAACCGUUGAAAAUCUGUCACAUUAUUUAUAUACAAUAAUAUAUAUGCCACAUUCGUUACGGAUGGUUUGUUUAACAAAUCUGUUCUGUUGGAUGGCUCAUGUUUGUUAUUCUCUUUACUUUACGGAUUUCGUUGGUGAAGCAGUUUUCAUGGGUGAUCCAAAGGCUCUUGAAGGGACAUUACCGCAAAUAAAGUAUGAGGAAGGCGUUCGGUUUGGCUGCUGGGGAAUGGCAAUGUAUUCUCUGUCUUGUGCUUGUUACUCAUUAAUAAUUGAAACAUUAAUAAAAAAAUUAAGUGCGAAAUUUGUAUAUGUUGGUGGAUUACUAUUUUAUAGCGUGGGUAUGACACUUAUGGCUUUGACUCAAGCUAAAAGCAGUGUGAUAAUCUUUAGUUGGACUGCUGGAGUUAUGUAUUCCACGCUGUUUACCAUGCCUUAUCUUCUAGUGGCCCAUUAUCACUCCAUGGGGACUUUCGAACUUGAUGGAAAUGGCUCGUCUAAAUUAGGAUCUAAUGUUCGUGGACUGGGAACUGAUAUUGCGAUCGUUAGCAGUAUGGUCUUUUUAGCCCAGUUUAUCCUUUCUUUAUGCAUGGGUACAAUUGUAAGCAUAUCCGGAACAACAACUGCCGUCGUCAGUAUGGCAAGUUUUUUAAGUUUUUGUGGUGCAAUUACUGCCACAAAAAUUAUGUACUUAGAUUUGUAAAUCUCUAAACACACUUGGAAAUAACUAUGUAUACUCAAGUCACUAAUAGAAGGCAUACAGACAAUCAUUUCUCAUAUUAAUUCGGUUUUCAUGUAAAAAAUCAUGGUACCGCUUCACAUUUAUGCAAUAAUUUGUUAGUCCACUGCCUUAAUUGAAAAAAAAAAA